GGCAGCAUGGUCUCCGACCUUAGCCUGUUCCAAACGGAACAAACGUACUAAAAAAAAAAAAAAAUUAACCUAAAAAUUUCGUUAAAUCGCUUUGACGGUACUAAUUAUUUAUUUUUUCUCUUUUCGAGUUUGACAUUCCAGAUAAAAUGAGUGAUUUAUCAGAUUUCUCGAGCUCUAACACUAAAGGAGCAGACUCGGAAUUGCAAGACUUUCUUUUAGCAGAGAAACAAAAAGCGCAGUUUCACGCGCAGAUCCAUGAAUUUAAUGAUUUCUGUUGGGAUAAAUGUGUAGACAAGCCAGGAAGUAAACUAGAUUCACGCACUGAAACAUGCAUCACCAACUGUGUAGAAAGAUUCAUUGAUGUUUCUCUGCUCAUUACCAACCGUUUUGCACAAAUGCUUGAGAAAGGAGGUGGCAUGCAUUGAAAAUUGUUUAGUUGUAAAUAUUUAAAGAUAAUAGUGAUUCUAUUCUACAUACAUUAUGUAAUUUUAAUAUAUGUUGAUACCAUAACCUACAAUUUAAUAAGUAGAAAAAUUCAAAACAUCAUGUCACAAUUUUGUUUAAUAUAUGUUUGUGAACAAUUAUUGACAUUAUAUAAAGAAUUUGUGAAUAUAUAGAUGAAAGAUAGUGAACUUUACUCAAUUAGUAAAUUCUAAGUAAUAUUGAUGAGUUACAUUAUGUUUCUAUACUUGAAUAGUAUCUUUAUAGUACAGCACAUAGGUAUAGUCCAUGUACUCACACAAAAAUUAUCAUAUUUAAUCUAAUAUAGUCAUCUUCUGUAAGGGUAUUUUCCUUACAAAACAUGACCUGAAAAGGAAUGUAAAAAUAAAUAUAUGGUCAAAAAAUAAACAAAAUUGUUGCCUUA